AUGAGAAGUAUGUUUGCAAAAUCUAUUGUGCUCUGUGGCAUGAUUUUGUCUUCAUAGUGUUUAACUUAAGAACUUGUAGAGGAAAAUGGUUUCAUUUUUGAGGAGCAUCUUGUUACUACCUCUGAUAACUAUAUCCUUAGGCUAUUUAGAAUCCCUGGAAUGUAAGAAGGAAAUGACCUGAACUCAACAGAGUAUAAUGCCAUUCAAAAUAAACCACCAGUCCUUCUCUAACAUGGUUUGGUUGAUUCAGCAGAUAGCUGGUUGGCUCACGUGAGCAGUAAGGCACCAGGUUUUGUGUUAGCAAGAUCAGGGUAUGAUGUUUGGUUUGGUAACAGUAGGGGAAAUAAGUACAGCUUGGGGACACAUGUUGAUAUUAACUAGAAAGAUUAUUGGGCUUUUAGCUUUGAAUAAAUGGGUGAUUUAGAUCUCCCUGCUGUUAUUGAUUACAUACUCUAGGUUACAAAAUAAUAGAAACUAGCCUAUAUGGGACACUCUUAAGGUACAAGUCAAAUGUACUAUGCUUUGGCUGAAAAUGAAAAUUAUUUUGCUGAUAAAGUUUCAGUCUUUAUCGCUCUUGGUCCAGUCAUCAGACUAGAUCAUGCCCCAUCAAAGGUUUUCUAAUUUGUCUCAUCUAAUGAAAAUAGGAAACUUUUGAUAGACACCUGUAACAACCUUGGAAUUAACUCUAUAUUUGAGGCUAACUGGUUAACCACUGAUUCUAUGAGAUUGAUAUGUGGUGCUAUACCUUAAAUAUGCGAAUAUGCACUUGAAUUUGCAACUGAUAAGGAUCCAUCACUUGAUGAUGUUAGUAGACUUUAAGUAUUCUUUGGACAUUACCCCUCAGGGUCAAGUGUCAGAUAAAUUGAUCAUUAUGCCUAAAUAGUUGAAGCUAAAGAAUUCAGAAGAUAUGAUUACGGUGAAUCUGGCAACAUGUAGAAAUACAACUAAACUGUUCCACCCUUGAUUGAUAUCACUAAAAUCUCAAGAGUACCUAUCGCAAUGUUUGUUGGAAAUCAAGACGAAGCUGCUGAUGCUGUUGAUAAUGAAUGGGCUAAGACUUAACUCAAGACUCUUGCCUUCUAUCAAGAAUAUGCUCUUGGACAUUCUUCAUUCUUCGUUGCAAAAGAUUUUUCAUUUUUCACCACAGAUGUCAUGAAUGUGCUUGAAAAGUUUCACCCAGCAAAUCUUACCGAGCCUUUAGGGGAACCUAAAUUGAUUAGCUAGAAUGAAGCCCCCAUAAACCUUUGA